UUUCUGUUUCUAGAAUCUACCGCCUGUGAGGAUGGGAGUGGUUGCAACUUGCAACUGUUAUCGACGAACCCUGGCGUAGCGAUUUACGUUGGCGAUUCUGAAGGAAUCGACGGGUUAGGCAUGGCUUGGAUGACCAGAUUUCUAACUGCGGUUGCAUUUCUUGCAAUUGGAGUGGUUUUCUCGCCGGAGGUUUUUGGAUCGCUGUCGACGGGCCAGAAAUCCCCCGUGAUCAUCACUGUGUUGAAAUUGGCUCACCUACUUUGCUUCUCCACAGCCUGGGGAGCAGCUUUGUGGGUUACCUUCAUCGGCGGGAUAAUAAUGUUCAAAAACCUGCCAAGGCAUCAGUUUGGGAACUUGCAGAGCAAGAUGUUUCCAGCCUACUUUUCCAUGGUGGGGGUUUGCUGCGCUGUGGCAGUAGGAGCUUUUGGUUACUUGCACCCAUGGAAGACUUCGGAAGCCAAUGAAAAGUACCAGCUCGGAUUACUUCUUGCUGCCUUUGCUUUCAAUCUCAGCAAUCUUGUUAUCUUUACUCCCAUGACCAUUGAGAUGAUGAAACAAAGACACAAGAUAGAGAGAGAGGCUGAUAUUGGUGGAGAAAUUGGGUGGACAAAAAACCUAGAAGUAGCAAAGAAGAAUCCCAAGCUUGCUGCCAUGAACAAGAAAUUUGGAAUGAUUCAUGGAUUGUCUUCUCUUGCUAAUAUCCUGGCAUUUGGCAGCCUUGCUUGUCACUCCUGGUACUUAGCCGGUAAAAUCAAUCUAUAGAUAAAACUCAAAGGUCGAUCUCUUCUGCUGUAUCUGAUUAUUAUUAUUAUUCUUAUUGCUAUUAUUUUUCUGUUUUUGGUAUCAAACAAGCAAGAUGCUGUGUUUCUGGACAGAUUCUUAAGAUAUCACUAAUUUCCACAGCAGAAUACUUAUGGGUUGUAAUAGUGUAUUAAAGAAUAAGAUCAAGUGAUUGCUUAUUUAUCUAUAGUUUUUAUCUGCA